AUGCCAAGAUCAUAUAAAAGAAAAACCACCAUUGGAGGAUCGUCUGAAAAGUCACUGAAAGCUGCAGUGGAUUUAGUUUUGAAAAAAAAACUUAGCAUUCGCAAAGCAGCAGACUCGUUUGAUAUUCCAUUUAGUGCAUUACAAAAAAGGAUAAAAACUAAGAAUUUUGAACCGCCAGGUUUGGGAUGUAUCCCUAUUUUUACACCAGACAAGAAUAUGAUAUGGCUGAACAUAUUAAAAGUUUAA